CUGUUUUCUCCUCAGUACUCUGUGUUUCUGUCGCUGGUCUUCAUAACAGAACUCAUCGCUGGAAUCUCGGGAUUUGUUUUUCGCCAUGAGAUUAAAGGGACGUUCCUCAUGACGUACAGUGAAGCAGUGAUGAGAUACGAUGGGCGAGACGAGCGCAGUCUGGCCGUGGACGGCGUCCAACGCAACUUGCACUGCUGUGGAGUUUAUAACUACACCAGUUGGCUCAGCAGCGUGUAUUUUCCCUCCGGCGGGAUUCCCGCCAGCUGCUGCGUUAGUUUCUCCGACUGCAGCGACGCCGACCUGCGGAACGCCACCCGGGCUGCACGCAAGGUCCACAAACAG